GCGGCCGGCAGGUGGCGCUGGAUCCCGGUGACGUCAGGCGGGGCACCGCGCCAUCUUUGCCCAUGGAAGAGCAGCGAACGGCGGCCAGUCGAGUGCCAGCAGCCUCGAGCCCAGGCCCGUACAGCCGCCACCAUGACCAACGUCUCCUACCACAUCUCCAACCUGCUGGAAAAGAUGACUUCCAGCGACAAGGACUUCAGGUUCAUGGCCACCAAUGACCUGAUGGUGGAAUUACAGAAAGACUCUAUCAAGUUGGAUGAUGACAGUGAGAAGAAAGUGGUGAAGAUGCUGCUUAAACUGCUGGAGGAUAAAAAUGGAGAGGUACAAAACUUGGCUGUGAAAUGUCUGGGCCCCCUGGUCAGCAAGGUUAAAGAGUACCAGGUGGAGACUAUUGUGGACACAUUAUGUACCAACAUGCUGUCUGACAAAGAACAGCUACGAGAUAUAUCCAGCAUUGGCCUGAAGACUGUCAUUGCAGAGCUACCUCCUGCUUCUAGUGGUUUAGCCCUAUCUGCUAACGUGUGCAAGAAGAUCACGGGGCGUCUGACAAGUGCUAUUGCCAAACAAGAAGAUGUAUCUGUCCAGCUGGAAGCCUUGGAUAUCCUCUCUGAUAUGUUGAGCAGAUUAGGUGGGACUCUGAUCACAUUUCAUUCUUCCAUUCUGAGUUGUCUGCUACCCCAGCUGUCAAGUCCAAGGCUAGCUGUUCGGAAGAGAGCCAUCAUCUCUCUGGGGCACCUGGUGAUGAGUUGCAGCAGUUGUCUCUUCUCUGAACUAAUGGAUCACCUAAUGGUGGAACUAUCAAAGAAUGAAUCUACCUCCAUGACCAGAACCUACAUCCAGUGCAUUGGUGCCAUCAGUCGACAGGCUGGGCACAGAGUUGGAGAGCAUUUGGAGAAUAUUAUUCCGCUGGUUGUAAAGUACUGCAAUGUGGACGAUGAUGAGCUACGGGAGUACUGCUUCCAGGCGUUCGAGUCAUUUGUGAGAAGGUGUCCAAAGGAGAUGUCAGUUCACAUUCCUGCCAUGAUUGGAUUGUGCCUAAAGUACAUCACAUAUGAUCCGAAUUACAACUAUGACCAAGAUGAGGAUAAUGAAGAUGCUAUGGAAACAGAAAAGGGUGAUGAAGAGGAAGAUCAAGACAGUGAAGAGGAGUACACGGAUGAUGAUGACAUGAGCUGGAAAGUGCGUCGAGCUUCCACCAAGUGUUUGGAUGCCAUUAUAAGCACCAGGCACGAAAUGCUGCAGGAGUUUUAUAAGACGGUCUCGCCAGCUCUCAUUAUUAGAUUCAAGGAACGGGAAGAGAAUGUGAAGGCUGAUAUAUUUCACGCUUACGUGUCUCUCCUGAAGCAGACCAAACCAGUUCAGAGCUGGUUGCAGAAUGCAGAUGAACUGGAGCAAGGAGACAUGCCCCUUGUGAUGCUUCAAAACCAAGUACCUAGCAUAGUGAAAGCAUUACACAAGCAGCUUAAGGAGAAGAGUAUGAAGACGCGUCAAGGCUGUUUCAACCUUUUAACCGAACUGGCUAGUGUCCUGCCUGGAGGCUUGUCAGAACAUAUACCAGCCUUGGUACCAGGCAUUAUUUACUCCCUUACUGACAAAUCAAGUACCUCAAACAUGAAGAUUGAUGCACUGACCUUCCUCCAUGUCAUUCUCUGCAAUCAUCCCCCAGAAGUGUUUCACCCCCAUGUUAAGACUUUGUUGCCUCCAACGGUGGCCUGCAUCAGUGACCCUUUUUACAAAAUCACCUCCGAGGCUCUGCUGGUGACUCAACAACUUAUAGAGGUGAUCCGUCCACUGGGCAAACCUUGUUCGUUCGAUGCUAAGCCAUAUGUAAAGGAUUUGUUUAGUAACACUUUGAAGAGAUUAAAAGCAGCAGAUAUUGACCAGGAAGUAAAGGAGAGAGCAAUUGCCUGUACGGGGCAAAUCAUCUGUAAUCUGGGAGACAAUCUAGGUGCUGACCUGAAUCCCACGUUGCAAAUCUUCCUUGAACGACUGAAGAAUGAAAUCACACGACUGACCACAGUCAAGACUUUGACACUGAUUGCAAGUUCUCCUUUAAAAAUUGAUCUGCGCCCUAUUCUUGGUGAAGCAGUUCCCAUCCUGGCCUCUUUUCUAAGGAAGAACCAACGUGCAUUAAAAUUAAGCACCCUUGCUGCACUGGAUAUCCUGAUUAAGAACUACAGUGACAGCCUAAAGCCAAUGAUGAUUGAGUCAGUCUUGAAGGAGCUUCCGUCCCUCAUUGGGGAGAGUGACAUGCAUGUCUCCCAGAUGGCUAUCACCUUCUUGACGUCUCUAGCCAAAGUCUACCCUUCAUCUGUUUCCAAGAUCGGUGGGUCAAUUCUGAUUGAGCUAUUCAACCUGGUUCACUCACCGCUGCUGCAAGGAGGGGCUCUGAAUGCAAUUUUGGACUUCUUCCAGGCUUUGGUCAUAUCCAAGACUCCCAACAUGGGCUACAUGGAGCUACUCAAGCAGUUGACAGGAACCAUCUAUUCAUCAGCUCAGUCAGGUGGUCCUGUGCUUUUGCACAAGCAAGCCUAUUACUCUGUGGCGAAAUGCGUGGCAGCGCUUACUUCAGCUUGUCCAAAGGAUGCCAGUUCAGUGGUGAACCAGUUUGUUCAAGAGGUGAAGAAUCCCAAAUCCUCUGACUCAGUUCGUUUGCUGGCUCUACUUUCCUUGGGUGAGAUAGGCCGCACCAUGAACUUGGGUGCACACAAAGAGCUCAAGGUGGUCAUUCUUGAAGCAUUUUCAUCACCUAGUGAAGAAGUAAAGUCGGCUGCUUCCUAUGCAUUAGGGAACAUCAGCGUGGGAAACCUCAGUGACUAUCUUCCUUUCAUUCUCAAGGAGAUCAGUGGUCAGCCCAAGCGUCAGUACUUGUUGCUGCAUUCGCUGAAAGAGGUUAUUAGUUCUUCCUCAGCAGACAGUUUAAAACCUUACAUUCAAGACAUUUGGGCUUUGCUGUUCAAAAACUGUGAGUGCGUUGAAGAAGGAACUCGUAAUGUGGUGGCUGAAUGUUUAGGAAAGUUAACCCUCAUUGAUCCAUCCCACUUGCUACCCAGGCUAAAGAAACAACUUACAUCUGGUUCUGCCUAUGCACGAAGCACAGUGGUGACUGCUGUCAAGUUUACGAUCUCAGACCAUCCACAAGCAAUUGACCCAUUACUAAAGAGCUGCAUAGGCGAUUUCUUGCGGACUCUGGAGGACCCGGAUCUCAAUGUCAGGCGUGUUGCCUUGGUCAUGUUCAACUGUGCAGCUCACAACAAGCCUUCGUUGAUUAGGGACUUGCUGGAGACUGUGUUGCCACAGUUGUACAAGGAAACCAAGGUCAGAAAGGAGCUCAUCAGAGAGGUAGAAAUGGGACCUUUCAAACACACAGUGGAUGAUGGACUUGAUAUUCGGAAAGCUGCCUUUGAAUGCAUGUACACUUUGUUGGAUAGCUGCCUGGAUCGGUUGGACAUCUUUGAGUUUCUGAACCAUGUGGAAGAUGGAUUAAAGGAUCAUUAUGACAUCAAGAUGCUGACUUUCAUCAUGUUAGCACGAUUGUCAACUGUCAGUCCCAGUGCAGUUCUGCAGAGAUUGGACAGGCUUGUAGAACCACUGCGUGCAACAUGCACUACUAAGGUGAAGGCUAACUCAGUGAAACAGGAAUUUGAAAAGCAGGAUGAGCUGAAACGCUCGGCGAUGAGGGCGGUAGCAGCUCUGCUCACGAUCCCAGAAGCUGAGAAGAGUGCGCUGAUGGCAGAAUUCCAGUCGCAGAUCAGAUCCAACCCUGAAAUGGCAUCCAUUUUUGAAAGUAUUCAGAAGGACAACACAUCAGUGGCUAGUACAGAAAUAAUGGACCUCAGCUAGAAAAGAAAGUAAACCAAAAGGAUCUGAACAAGAUGCCUUGCCUUCAUAACUAA